AUAUCCACAAGAGAAAGAGGAAAGAAAAAACUGAAGGAGCGACCUCGUUCGUUGAAGAAGAAUCCUGUAAACAGGCUGCUCAAAUUUUUAGUGAGAGAAGUCGAGAUUUCAGAAGCUUUAGCAAUCCAUCAGUUAUCUUUUUCGCUUCUUAGCAGAUUGCACUUGUAGAGGAAAUCAGUCUUGUUCUUCGUUUACCCUAAGAGUUGGCAAUGGGGUUAUUAUCAGAAUCCGAACGUGAUGCAAGCCACAAGAAGCCGUAUGGUAUCAGAUUUUUCGAGUGGAUGAGGAAACGACCCCUUUCAUUCAAGGCCCAUCAAGCCAUUGUUCUGCUUGUGACAUUCUUGGCGUAUGCCAACUACCAUGCCUCUCGAAAAACUACAAGCAUUAUUAAGAGUGCUCUGGAUCCCUUAUCUCCUGAUGUAGGCUUGAAGUUCAACCUAUGGAAAACGAGCGGUUCGAGUACACCGGUUGAGAGUAGCCACCGUGCGUCGCUCGCUCGUGGUGGUUGGGCUCCAUUUGAUGCUGCAGAAGGGACAUCUUUACUAGGUGAGCUUGACUUGGCUUUCCUAGGAGUAUAUGCUGGGGGAAUGUACUUCUCUGGCCAUUUGGGCGAUAGGAUGGAUUUGAGGAUAUUUUUAACUUUGGGAAUGUUGGGAACUGGCCUGUUUACUACGCUGUUUGGAUUAGGAUAUUGGGCAAACAUCCAUGUCUUUUCUUACUAUUUGAUAGUUCAAAUGCUUGCUGGUCUGUUUCAAUCCACUGGCUGGCCUUCCGUUGUCGCGGUGGUCGGUAACUGGUUCGGAAAGAGUAAGAGGGGACUAAUUAUGGGUAUAUGGAAUGCCCAUACAUCUGUUGGCAACAUUUCUGGCUCCUUGGUUGCAUCUGCCUUGUUGAGCUAUGGUUGGGGUUGGUCAAUGGUUGCCCCCGGUCUGAUCAUUGCGUUCUCGGGUUUGGUCGUUUUUCUGUUUCUUCCUGUGCAUCCUGAAUCUGUUGGAAUUGAUAAAGAAGGAGAUGAUUUGGGCUCUCCCAAGAAAAGUGGGGAGGGAAUUACAGAACCUCUACUGAAAUCGGCGUCGGAGACGGAGAAGGCCAUCGGUUUUCUGGAAGCGUGGAGAAUUCCCGGUGUUGCACCUUUUGCAUUUUGCCUGUUCUUUGCCAAAUUGGUGGCUUAUACAUUCCUCUACUGGCUCCCUUUCUACAUUAGCCACACAGUGAUUGACGGGGAAUAUUUGUCGAGUACGACAGCAGGAAACCUUUCGACAUUGUUCGAUAUCGGAGGGGUUGUAGGAGGAAUUUUAGCUGGUCAUAUUUCUGAUCGCUUAGGUGCUAGAGCCAUAACAGCUGCAAGUUUCAUGUACUGUGCCAUUCCUGCUCUCUACUGCUACCGAAGCUACGGUCACAUCUCCAUAGCUAUGAAUAGUGGUCUCAUGUUCAUCACUGGCAUGUUUGUCAAUGGGCCAUAUGCUCUCAUAACAACAGCCGUCUCUGCUGAUUUAGGAACGCACAGUUCAUUGAAUGGGAAUUCUCGGGCACUUGCAACUGUGACUGCGAUUAUUGAUGGGACUGGCUCGGUUGGCGCUGCGAUCGGACCCUUGCUAACGGGAUAUUUAUCAGCUAAAAGCUGGAGUUCAGUGUUCGUAAUGCUGAUGGUUUCAGCGCUAAUAGCGGGGCUGUUUUUGACAAGGCUCGUUAUAGCUGAGGUGACUUCAAAGAUCGAGGAGUCAAACUCGAGAGGAAGGAUUCCAUCCAGGAACCCGGUACUCGAAGUGUGAGAUUAUACAAUAAGGAAAACGCAUCAACAAUGUUAGGUCCCAUUGUAUUUAGCCCGUGCUUGGUUCAUAAAACGGUUUUGAACAUUGGCAUCAGAACCGUGGUCGUUAAGGAUUUUCCCUUCUUUUUUCGAGGGUGCUCGGGGGCGAAGAAGAUCUCCUCCAAAGUGUGAUUCAUCCAAGGAGAUGAUUUUGUUGCAACUUCUCCAUGAACGAUUGCAUUUGUGGUAGAAAGUUGAGCUUUGAAAACAACAGGAAAUUUAAGGAUGUAAAAAUGUAUGGUAGUAGAUACUACUCAUGGUCUGAA